GCCUCGGGGGCGAGCGCAUUCGUCGCCGUCUCUUCAGGCCGGAGCUCGUCUGACUUCCACUCGCGUCGAUGUUCCAAGUCUUUGGGAGGGAGCGCAAGUAUGUCGCAGCACGUGAACCAACCCAAGGCCUUCACCGUGACCGCCGUGAGCAGCCUCAGCAACCGCUGGAGCUCGGACAUCUGCGACUGCUUCGACGACCUGCCCCAGUGCUGUUUCGCCUUCUGGUGCCUUCCGUGCUUCACGUGUAAGACGUCGCACGACGCCGGCGAGUGCCUCUGUCUGCCGUUGCUGGACGCCUUCGGGGUCGUCCCGCCCAUGACCACCGCCCUCAGGGUGUCCGUACGCCAGCGCUACGGCAUUCAGGAUACAGUUUGCCACGACUGCGUGUACGCUUGCUGCUGCGGACCCUGCACCUGGUGCCAAAUAGCCCGAGAAAUCCAAGCCCGACGGAACCCCGUCACGUUCGUCAACAUGGCGUCCUGAAAAAUUAAAAAAAAAAAAAAAAAACCCAAAAACGCCUGCCGUCAUUCAUCCUUGCGGCGCAGAAUACAUCCGGUACAUUCUGGGACACGCUGUCCUUUUCUUUCGAUCUGUUCCAUCUGGUCUGGUCUCCGGUUCGUCGCCGUUUUUGGAAUGUGGCCGAGCAGCUGAUUAAAAAGGUGGCGAAAGAAAAGUCGGCGGGCGAUGGUGAAAUCACUUCAUUUUGCUUCUUGACUCCUCCUGCUCCAUUUGCAUUGUCACGGUGGGGGACAAAGUAACGAGUCAGCACCAGCUCCAAAUUCUCAUUUGGAACGGAUAUGAAAACUGCAUGAAUUU